GGUUUUUGUGUUUCUCGUUCUUUCGCUUGUUGGUUGUCGUCGUGUUGGUAUCGUAAAUAUCGGUAUUUACUCAAUUAACGUAUAUAUUAUUCAAAAUGAGUGAAACUCUUCAACUGAAAGGGACCUUACUUGGUCAUAAUGGUUGGGUUACUCAAAUUGCCACAAAUCCUAAAUAUCCCGAUAUGAUUUUAUCUUCCUCACGAGAUAAAACACUCAUCGUGUGGAAGUUAACACGUGAAGAAACCCAAUAUGGAGUGCCACAAAAGCGUCUGUAUGGUCACUCCCAUUUUAUAUCUGAUGUAGUACUUUCUAGUGAUGGAAACUAUGCUCUCUCUGGUUCAUGGGAUAAAACUCUACGUCUUUGGGAUUUGGCUGCUGGCAAAACUACUAGAAGAUUUGAAGAUCAUACAAAGGACGUAUUGAGUGUUGCAUUCUCCGUAGAUAAUCGUCAGAUAGUUUCUGGCUCUCGAGACAAAACCAUCAAGCUGUGGAACACUUUGGCAGAGUGCAAAUAUACUAUUCAAGAAGAUGGUCAUUCAGAUUGGGUAUCCUGUGUUAGAUUUUCACCAAAUCACGCCAACCCCAUCAUCGUUUCUGCUGGUUGGGAUCGUAUGGUGAAGGUGUGGAACUUGACCAAUUGCCGACUGAAGAUCAAUCAUUCUGGACACACUGGCUAUUUGAACACUGUUACCGUCUCUCCAGACGGUAGUUUGUGCGCCAGUGGCGGCAAAGACUGCAAAGCCAUGCUCUGGGAUUUAAAUGAUGGCAAGCACUUGCACACUUUGGACCACAAUGAUAUCAUUAAUGCAUUGUGCUUCUCACCUAAUAGGUACUGGCUUUGUGCUGCUUUUGGCCCCUCUAUCAAAAUAUGGGAUUUGGAAAGUAAAGAAAUGGUUGAAGAUCUCAAACCAGAAGUCGUUUCGCAGACUAGUAAAGCCGAACCGCCACAGUGUUUGUCUUUGGCUUGGUCGACUGAUGGGCAAACUUUGUUUGCAGGCUACUCAGACAAUAUAAUUAGAGUGUGGCAAGUCGGUGUUUCGUCAUAUUGAUUUCAUUUUCCUUUCAAUAUUGUAUAUACAGAAUGUAUAAUUUAUUUUUAUUUGUUGAAUUCUAAAACCUGAAAGGACUGAUUUGUUGGUAUUCAAUAAUGUUGAGAGCCGAAGAUUUUUGUUAUAAUUUAUUCUUAUAUUUUUUGUACAAAAAAAUAAUAGUUACUGAGUGAAAA